AUGCUUAGAAUUUUUUUCCUUUUUUUAACAUUCUUUUGUUACUUGAUAUAUUAUGUCCAGUGUGAUACCAUAAUAGUAGAUUCUGAUGAAGUUAUCCAAAAUUUUGAUAAAGAUACAGUUUUGAACCUGUCUGAAAAAUCCUUUAUCAUAUUUUUAGACACAAAAACCAGUAACAGUGAUAUAAAGGGAACAUACUCCAAAAUUUUAAAAAACUCUAAUGUAAGCAUAAUUGGGACUUGUGCUUAUGUUAAGGACUUAAUUAAAGGAAGAAGUCUUAAGUAUUUAGAUGAAUUAGGAACCCAGAACUAUAUUAAAUCAGAUGAUAUAUUCAAUUUUUCUAUCUACGUUUUCACGGUUAACGGUGAAGAAGAUAUUAUACCCCAAAUUUAUAAGAAACACCCAAGUUAUAUAACUUAUAUAAUCACCUGUAAAGAAAAUGAAAUUUUCGAUAAUCCUGAAUAUGCAAAAGAAAAUAAAAACGUUUUCCACACCAACCCGAGUAUUUUAUCCCAGUUGAUGGUUGUUUUUUUAAUAUUUUUCUUCCUAUUCAUUGGAUUUAACCUUUUAUUUAAUAUUGGAACUCCAAAGAUAUUCGAGGAAAAACAAUUAAUAAUUAAUAAAGAACACUGA